AUGGUCGAGGACGGAACAAACCAGACCUUUCUAGAGCUGAACGAAAAGUCUGGCUCGAUUCUUCAGAAGCAUCUUGACGCACUCGGCGGUCCACCAAAAGCCGGGCAGGUUAGGCAACUGCCCUCCUCUGAUGACGAGUUCGACAUCAUCGCCAUUGUUGGACAGAGCAACAAAGCUGACCCAAGCGAAAAUCGGGAUGUUAAUUUGGAAAACGUACGAGCUGCUGUCGCGAAUGGCGUCAAAGCGCUGAACGGACUCCAAAUUGAAAAAGUUCAAAUCGCGGUUGAUUCUGAAGCAGCGCAGGCCGCAGGAGAGAGUGCUAAAAUGACGGCGUGGACUUAUAAAGCGGAUAAACGCGAGAAAAUCCCACAGAAAUUUUCUGUUUUUAAAAAAGAUAGUUUGGAGUUUGAUCAAGGUUUAAUUCUUGGUGAGGCUCAAAAUAUCGCUCGUGAAUUAAUGGAACUCCCUGGAAACUUAUUAACGCCAUCAAUUUUCGCGGAUAAAUGUGUGGCUCUUUUGGAACCACUCGGAGUAAAAGUAAAUGUCUACGGAGCUGAUUGGAUUAAAGAACAAAACAUGAAUGCGUUUUGGUCCGUCGCAAAAGGCAGUAGUGAGGAGCCUAAAUUUGUCGAAAUGAUCUGGGAACCAGAAGUUAAAAACCGAGAGGAAACCUUUGCUCUUGUCGGAAAAGGUGUGACCUUCGACAGUGGUGGAAUCUCUAUCAAGCCAUCGGCAAACAUGGGCGACAUGCGAGGCGAUAUGGGCGGAGCUGCCGUCACUGUUGCAACGAUGUACGCCGCUGCCAAGCUUAAAAUCCCCGGAAAAGUCCUCGCGACAACCCCUUUGGCCGAAAAUAUGCCCUCAUCGAACGCUUCAAAACCGGGAGAUGUAGUCAUCGCGCGUAAUGGAAAAUCCAUUCAAAUUGACAACACAGAUGCGGAGGGUCGUCUUUUGCUCUGUGACGCGCUAGAUUACACAGCCGAGGUUCAUAAGCCAGCUGCGAUGAUUGAUUCAGCAACAUUAACAGGGGCUAUGGUAAUCGCUCUUGGUGACGGAGCCACUGGCGUUUUCUGCAAAGACAACGACUUGUGGAAUUUAAUCGAGAAGAGUGGCCACGAAACAGGCGAUCGAGCUUGGCGAAUGCCCCAUUAUCAGCACUACUUUGAUGCGAUAUCUCCCACGCACAAUGCUGAUUUGAAUAACACCGGUGGUCGAGCGGCAGGCUCCGCUACGGCCGCCGGAUUCUUGUCGGCAUUUGUACCAAAGGAUAUUCCAUGGGCUCAUUUCGACAUUGCUGGAGUCAUGGACACGACUGGAUCAACCAACCCUUACAUUUGCAAGGGGAUGACAGGAAGACCUACUCGAACUCUUUAUCAAACCCUGAAGAACUAUUUCAACUAG